AUGACCAAAAAUGACCAUUUGUAUGGAGACUUCAACUUCACGUUAAAAGCGUACAAUCCAAACAGCAGAGUUUCCAUCUAUUACGACAUCAUUGAAGUGAAGCUUUUCUACAACUCCCAACAAAUUGCUUUCAACAACGCGGAAACGUUCUUUCAGCCUCGUCGUAACGUGACAUAUUUGGACCUUUUCCUUUCGGCUAAAGACGUGGCGCUAUACGGCGACGUUGCACGCGGUCUGAAGACGGAGAGGACCUCGGGAGCCGUGCAGGUGGAGAUUAAAGUUAGAGCUAAGAUAAGGUUCAAAGUGGGAAUUUGGAAAUCAAGUCAUAGGAAGGUGAAGUUAUCGUGUAGCCCUAGUGUGCCUGUUUCUUCAACCAAGAAUUCUCAGACCUACCCUUGUGACUUGGAUUUAUAA